AUGACCGCCUCGGACGACGAAGACGCCCUCCUCGAAUCCCUCGAAAACGACACGGAAAACGACCCCUCGCUCGCCCAUCUCCGUGAAGCCCGCAUCCAGCAACUGGCCUCGGAGCUCAAGGAAUCCAAACGACUGCGCAGCGAAGGCUUCGGUAGCUAUGACCAAAUCAAAGACGAGAAACGUCUCAUGGAAAUCACGACUUCCACGGAAUACUGUGUCGUGCACUUCUACAAACCAGAUUUCAACCGCUGCAGGAUCAUGGAUGGUCACCUUUCCGCCCUCGCUCCCGUCCACCUCUCGACCAGGUUCGUGCGAAUCGAUGUCGAGCAUGCGCCAUUCCUGGUUACAAAAUUGAACGUCAAGGUCCUGCCCUGUGUGAUCGCCUUCGUCGCUGGUGUGAGUGCGGAUCGCAUCGUUGGGUUUGAAGGGGUCGGUUAUAGCGAGGACACGUUCAAGACGGGGGAUCUGGAAAAGAGGUUGGUGGGCGCCGGGGUUCUGGAGAAGGUGAAAGGAGCUGGGGAUGCUAGGGUGGGCGAGGUCUUGAAUAAGAGUCAUAAAAAGCAAAGGAUUGGUGGGAAUGGUGAUGAAGACGACGACGACGAAUGGGAUUGA